UUCCAUUUUCUUGCAUAUUUUCUGAACAACCGAUCUUGAACACCCCCCACCCCAAAUUAUUUCUUUCCAUUUUCUUGCAUAUUUUCUGGACAACCGAUCAGUACUGUUAAAUGAAAGGACCAUUUUUAGACCAUCACCACCAAUUGAAAUCAAAACCCGUAAUUUUCAAGAGAGAGUGUGUGAUGGAAUCUCUCAACUUCAACAACAGAACAAACAUCAGAUGGACGAAGAAAUCCCCUCUCAGAUCACCCUCCUAUCUCCUCCCAAUCUCUCUCCUCUUCCUCCUCAUCUCUCUCCUCCUCUUCCUCUCCUCCAAGCACAUUUCCAAUUCUCUCCUCUCCACCCUAAAAUAUUCCCCCCAACCCCAGUCCCCCCACCUCUGCACCUCACAGAAAACCCUAGCUGGAGAGAAAUUCCUCUGGUACGCACCCCACAGCGGGUUCAGCAACCAGUUGUCUGAGUUCAAGUACGCCAUUUUGAUGGCCGCGAUACUCAAUCGAACCCUAAUUGUCCCUCCGGUUCUGGAUCACCACGCAGUUGUUCUCGGUAGUUGCCCUAAAUUUAGGGUUUUGAGUCCCAACCAGCUUCGUUUUACUGUCUGGAACCACACGAUUGAGCUCAUUCAGAGUCGCAGAUACGUAUCCAUGGCUGAUGUAACUGAUAUUUCAAAAUUAGUAACUGCUUCAGAUGUUCGAGUAAUAGAUUUCAGUGUUUUUAUAUCUAUCUGGUGUGGUGUAAAUAUAGACUUGGUUUGCUCUAAAGAGUCAAACAAACAGUCGUCUUUGUUGGACACCCUGAGGCAAUGUGGGUCUCUAUUAUCUGGGUACAAUGGUAAUGUAAAUAAUUGUUUAUAUGCUCUAGAUGAAGAUUGCAGGACAACCGUUUGGACUUAUGGGAAAGAUGGUGAAGAUGGGAUAUUAGAUUCAUUCCAGCCUGAUGAACAACUUAAGAAGAAAAAGAAAAUUUCAUAUGUCAGGAAGCGUCAAGAUGUAUAUCAAACGCUUGGACCUGGUUCCAGAGCUGAAUUGGCCACUGUUUUGGCAUUUGGAAGCCUUUUCACUGCACCAUAUAAAGGUUCUGAACUAUACAUUGAUAUUCAUGAAUCUCCGAGAGAUCAAACAAUGCAAUUGUUAAUUGAGAAGAUAAGCUUCCUCUCAUUCGUCCCUGAGAUCAUGAGUGCAGGGAAGGAAUUUGCUUCCAAGACAAUCAAAUCUCCUUUUCUGUGUGCUCAGCUUAGAUUGUUGGAUGGGCAGUUCAAGAACCACUGGAAGACUACUUUUCUGGGUUUACAACAAAAGAUAGAAUCUUUAAGACACGAUGGUCCUCUCCCAAUUCAUAUUUUUGUGAUGACUGAUCUUCCACAAGGUAAUUGGACUGGAAGUUAUUUGGAGGACUUAUCAAGAGAUUCAGAUGCCUUCAAGCUUCAUGUUCUUAGAGAAAAAGAUGAGCUAGUGACAAGAACUGCAAAGAAUCUUGCAGCGUCUGGAAAUGAGAAGAAGUUUGUGUUUCUUUCAGAGAGUCUUGAUAGAAUGAAGAAAAAUUGUCGUCCUCCAUAUUUACCUGAUAUGCUUCUAUACAUUGAGGAAGCUGUUUGCAGCUGCGCUUCACUUGGUUUUGUUGGAACUGCUGGGUCAACAAUUGCAGAGAGUAUAGAGCUGAUGAGGACACAUGGUGUAUGCUCGAGUCGAGGCCCCACUGAAUUGUAGCCAUUUGUUUUUAUUAUAAAGGUUUGAGAUUCAUUGAUGGUGGAGUUCAUGUUCUCAUUUCAGAGAUUGCAUUUCACCGAUUGCAAGUACACCCGGAAUCAGUCAUUUUCGUUGGGCAAUGCAAUCUUCUAUAAUUUGGCUUUUCUAAACUUCCAUGGCAAAAGUGAAACUCUGAAACAUAAAGUGGCUAGCUGCUCUUAUAUCAAUUUGUUUUGACUCAUGACUCUUAACAACCCAGCAUGCUGGAUCGCUAGAAAUUUUGGUACAAGUGAGCUUCCCAUUCUCAAAGGAUGGAUUAUCUCAGUUGAACUUGGCUAGUGUUCCAUUUUGUUGAGAAUGACUAUAUUUGGACAAGGUUAAUCUAGAAAACGAGAAGAGCUGCUCAUUCAUAUUUAGAAGGUCAUGGUUUUUCAUUGGUGGUUAUCGUCUUUCAACAAGUGCUUGCUUGUCUACUUGGACAAUCUCAAUCAUAGUGGAGCGCUUUGGGUACUUCUAUCAUUGUAAGAGAUCAGUUAAAAUAUGUUAAUGUUUUAAUGUACUGUUUCAAAUCAGCUAACGACUGCUGAUUUCCAUCUUCUGGUCUGUUAGAGAUGAUUCUGUCUGUAUGUCAAGUUUUAACUCGUUGAGAGUGGAGUAACUGGAAUGUCACCUUGGGUUGUUUGAAGCUCAGCAAUUUUUGAUUCUACAAAAUAAUGGAUAGGUUCCAAUUUACAAUUCCAUUUGGUCA